UUUGAUUUGUUUGCGAAUUAUUGUGCUUGGCUAUGUAAACCUAAGCGAAAAAGAGCCUAGAUGUGUAUAAAUGUGAAGAGCAUCUACUAAAUUAAAUAAAAACACAUUGGCUGUUAUUAAUGGUUAAUUAAAUUAUGGAAAAACUCAAAGAUAUAGAUAUAAAUGCUGUUUUAUGGAAGUCUAUUAAAAAUGACGGCCUAAACCUUAAUUAUACGGUUGCUAUACCAAGACCAAUAGCCAAUACAAUAUUGGAGGAACUUGAAGAUACGUUAGAAUAUUUUGCAGGAGAUCUGGCGCGCAUAAAGGUUUUUGGCAAAGUGCAUCCUCUACCGCGUCAACAAGUCGCUUAUGGAGACCCAGGAAUAACUUACACAUAUUCGGGAACGACUGUGCCUGCUUUGCCCUGGCCUGCGCCAGUUUUAGCCCUGCGAGAUUUUCUAUUUGCUCUUAAGGGCAUUAAAUAUGAUUUCGUUCUGGUGAACAAGUACAGAAAUGGUAAUGACCACAUGGGUGAGCACAGAGACAAUGAACCAGAAUUAGAUAACAACUAUCCCAUUGCGUCAAUUUCUCUUGGUCAAGAAAGGGAUUUCGUUUUGAAACAUAAAGAUGCAAGAAAACCUGGUAAAGACAAAAAAGAUAUACCCACAGUUAAAAUACUCUUAGAGCAUGGCAGCAUCUUACUCAUGAAUCCGCCGACGAAUGAAGUGUGGUACCAUUCGUUACCUGUGAGAAAGAAGCUUUUAGGCGCUAGAAUUAACUUUCAGGAAAAUGCGCAUUAAAUAAAAACAAAUAAAUUGAAUUUAUAAUUUAUACCUUGGGGAAAGUCCUUGGGUCAGUUACUGCUAUCUGUCUGUAUGUAAAAAAAAACAAAUGUCAACAGCCAAAACGUCAGUAAAAAAAACGUCAAAAUAUUUUUUUUGUUGUCAUUGUUGGAGGUACUAUGCAGUUGCAGUUUUUGUGUAAUAAUCCAUUUAAUUUAAUUAAAAAGUGAAAUUAUAAAGUGUUUGACCAAG